AACCAUCCACCAACCAAAAUUAUUUGCAUGUGUUCUUCCUCAUAUACAUAUAUUUCAGGAGCAAAUUAAAGGGUGGUUUCUCUUUUCUUGAGAUCUUUUGGACAUUCUCCGAUCUCCAUGGAAGUAGAAGGUGCUAAAUCACAGUCUUUGAGCCUUGAACAGGACCAAGAAAAGGGUAGCCAAAAUGUUGGUGAUGAACAUGCCCCACCUACUGCUCAUACCAUCGACCAUGAUUCUUGGCAACAAGUGGGGUUGAUGUUAGUGACAAGCUUCAACUGUGGUUGGAUACUGACAUUUUCUAACUUAAUUAUGGUGCCACUGGGUUGGACUUGGGGCAUUCUCUGUCUUGUUGUUGUGGGAUUCUACACUGCUUAUGGCAACUGGCUCUUGGCUGCAUUUCACUUCAUUGAUGGCAAAAGAUUCAUCAGAUACAGAGACCUCAUGGGAUUCACUUAUGGGAAGAAGCUGUAUCAUGUCACAUGGAUUUUCCAGUUUUUAACUCUACUUCUUGGAAACAUGGGUUUCAUCCUACUCGGAGGCAAGGCACUUAAGGAAAUAAAUUCAGAAUUUAGUGAUUCACCGUUGAGGCUCCAAUUUUACAUAGUGAUUACAGGAGCUGCCUACUUUGUGUUUGCAUUUUUCGUCCCAACAAUAUCUGCAAUGAGAAAUUGGCUUGGAGCUUCUGCAAUUCUCACCCUCUCCUAUAUAGUACUGCUUCUAAUUGUUCUAGUCAAAGAUGGAAAAGCAAAUUCGGACAAAAACUAUGAUAUAAGUGGAAGCGAGGUUAGCAAGGUUUUCAAUGCGUUUGGAGCUAUUUCUGCAAUCAUAGUCGCCAAUACCGGUGGUCUACUUCUUGAGAUACAGUCCACACUACGUAAGCCAGCGGUGAAGAACAUGAGGAAGGCCUUGUAUUCACAAUACACGGUGGGAGUGAUGUUUUACUAUGGAGUCACCAUUUUGGGAUAUUGGGCUUAUGGAUCAAUUGUGUCCUCAUAUCUCCCUGAAAACUUGAGUGGGCCCAGAUGGAUCAACGUCCUUGUUAAUGCUAUUAAUUUUCUUCAGUCCAUUAUCUCCCAACAUAUGUUUGUAGCACCAAUUCAUGAGACAUUGGACACAAAAUUCUUGGACAUUAAGAAGGGAAUGCAUUCAGGGGAGAACUUUAAGAGAUUAUUUCUGGUGCGAGGAGUGUUUUUCUCAGGGAACACUCUGGUGGCAGCUGCAUUCCCCUUUAUGGGUGACUUUGUCAAUUUGCUUGGCUCAUUCUCACUUGUGCCCCUCACCUUCAUGUUCCCCAGCAUGGUCUUCAUUAAGGUUAAAGGAAAGAUAGCAACAAGAGAGAAUAAGGCAUGGCAUUGGUUCAACAUUAUCUUUUCUUUUCUGCUUACCAUUGCAACCACAAUAUCUGCGGUUCGAUUGAUUGUUGAUAACAUUCAGAAGUAUCACUUCUUUGCAGAUGCAUGAUAAUGAUACUGCAUGUAUCUUUCCUUAGCUUGUAUCUAAAUAUGAUUGGGCUUGCAUGUACCUAAUUAUUUGAUGAUGAGAAUGAGUUAUUGGCUUAUUGCAAAAUAAAACUGAGGGGGAAAAAAUAAAAAAGAAAAUCAGUCAUUAAUGAUUGUUACUUAUUAGGGGGUUAAUCCUCUAUUACUCCAUCUA